AUGGCAUCGCCUGCAGAAGAACGAUGCCAGGUUCUUCAUUAUGCUGCAGGGGCUGGUCGCGCGGACAUAAUCUCCCUUGCAAUUGAACAGGAGAUUGCUGAUGAAGCAGGAGACGUACUGCGCUUGCUGUCUUCCCAAGCCGAGAAAGGCACUGCGCUGCACGAGGCCUGCCGUUGCGGGCACGUGGACGUGGUGCGGCUGCUGCUCCUUCGCGGGGCGCCCCCGGAGCUCCCGGACGCCGCCGGCCGAGCCGCCUUCGAGGUCGCCAAGGCGGAGUGCCCGCCCGCCAGGCUGGGCCCCGUGCGCGCGGCCUUCGAAGCCGAGCUCUUCAAGCGCUGCGCCUCUGGUGACACCGUCGGUGCUGAGGCAUUAGCUCGAGGCGGCUUGGAGUUGAACUGCACGCAGGCACGUCCGGACAUCCGACGCAAUCAUUGA